AUCCGGACCAAGAAAUAAGGAGUCCCGGAGGUGCAGCCACUGACUAUACCUGAUAAGACAAGGCGUCACUGAGAUAUCAGCAUGGCAGAUGAUGCAGAAAAUGUCAGUGAUUAUUCAGACUAUUAUGAAGCCAACAAUAGCAGUCCUUGCAGCACCACCGCUCUGAUGGAUUUUGGCAAGGUCUUUCUGCCCACCUUCUACAGUCUGGUUUUCGUCCUUGGCGUCAUAGGCAAUGGUUUAGUGGUGUGCGUCCUGGUGAAGCACCGCCACAAGACCAACUUGACAGACAUGUGCCUCUUCAACCUGGCUGUCUCCGACCUCGUCUUUGUCUUCACGUUGCCUUUCUACUCUCACUACUCCGUGGUGGGUGAAUGGCCUUUUGGAGACUUCCUCUGCCGCUUCGCCUCUGGCUCACACACCACUGGAUUUUUAAGCAGCAUCUUCUUUAUGGUUGUCAUGACGCUGGACCGCUACAUGGUCAUCAUGCACGCUCACAAGGUGGCACAAUAUCGCACUUUUAGGGCAGGCAUCGCUCUGACCGCCUUUGUUUGGACGAUGAGUUUGUGCUUCUCCCUGCCGGGCCUCUUCUUUACGAAGGUGACAAACGAGUCCACGGGAGUUGCCUGCAGCUACAAACCAGAAAACGAUGCCUGGAGGCUCUAUGACAUCCUCAUGAAGAAUGUAUUGGGCCUUGGGAUUCCGCUGUUGGUGAUGAUAGUUUGCUACUCCAGGAUCAUCCCCAUACUGCUGAACAUGAGGAGCACCAAGAAGCACCGCGUUGUCAAGCUGAUCAUCUCCAUAGUGAUCGCCUUUUUCAUGUUCUGGGCCCCAUAUAACAUUUCCAUUCUCUUGGAGUUUCUGAAAUUGUCGACUGAUUGCAACUCACACCAAAGUCUUAAGCUGUCGAUAAUAGUGACCGAGACCAUUGCUUAUUCUCACUGCUGCCUGAAUCCCAUCAUCUACGCCUUUGUGGGACAGAAGUUUAUGAGACGAGUAUUGCAGAUGUUGAAGAAAUGUGGGUCUGGGUUUCUCCCCUCUACAAGAGAAAAUAGCUCACACAGGAAAAGCUCAGUUAGGUCCAGGUCCUCUGAUGCCACCACCAAUUUCAUCAUGUAGGAGGUGGAUGGUAGAUUAUUUUUUAUGGACAUGGCUUACAGGGUUGACACAUUUUGCUCUGCUUAGUGUUGUUAUUACUGAGUACAAUAUUGGCAUUGUUCCUGCUGUAAGAUCUGUUUGGGCUCUUCCAUUAUCCACCAUCACAGUUUUUAGUCAUCAGCAUUGUCUAAGCUGAAAACGCUGCAUGUAUGUGUGUAUGUCAUCUUUAUCUUUUUUUUUCUUCUAUCUUUAGACCGUUGGAUUUUUACUUUCAUUGUGUUGUGUGUAUCAUAACUUGUUAGAUGUGUAUUGCCAUCAAGUGUGAUCCGAUGAGUAUCAAAAUCUCUUCAUGUUGUCAGGUCAUUUCUUUUAAAAGGUUUUUAAUGCCCCUCUUUUUCCUGCUUAACAAUUGACUGUAAACCAUGAACCUUUUGUUUACUGCAGCCUGUAACCACAAACUCUGUUCAUGUUUGGCUGAUUGUUGUAAAACAUUCACACGCCACUGUGCCUCUAUUGAAGAGGAACAUUCAUGCCAACUGGAAUCGAACAAUAUAUUCUUUGUUUUUUACACUAUCCUUGUUGUAUAUUCAUUUCACUCAAUAGAACAGGGUUGUGUAACACCUUUUGCAAGUUAUUUGUUGUUUAUGUGGAACAAAGUUUGGCUCAUUGUACACACGCCUGUAAAUUUUUAUAUAUUUUCUCAAUUUUGUUUCAUGCCUCACAUUUUUACCAUUUAUUAAAUUGUUUUAAUUAUUUUUUUCAUUAUUCCAGGAACAUCUGUGUCCCAGUGAUAUUACUUUAAUGUCAGUGUUAUUUCAGCUUCAUGCUUUUUAAUCUUUUCUCGUUUGUUUUAGAGUUCCAUCUCUAAAGAGUACCCAGUUAUGAUGUUGAAUUGUGAUUUUUUUCUCGCACGCAACAAAUCUAAAGCACAACACAACAUUUUUUCAGUGCCAUAAUGACUUGAGUGUUCAACGCACGUUGUGUCUUCUAUAAGAAAGUACUUCCACCAUCUUCAUUGUUUGUGUAGUAAAUAGUAGUAACUUUCUCUUAGUACAGAUAAAAUGAGACAUCUAUGGGACAGAAUAGUCUUUUUUCAUUUAAUGUUUAACUGACUAUGUUUAAAAGGGAAUUUGAAAUGGUCACAAUUUAAACUCUCUCUGACCAAUAACUACUUUAACAAAGGCAGCGUGUUGCUAAAGGACAAGGCAAUUUUAUUUGUAUAGCACAUUUCAACAACAAGGCAAUUCAAAGUGCUUCACAUAAAACAUUAAAAACAUCCAAACAUAACAAAAAGGAUAAUUAAAAUAAUCAGUUAAUGUUACGUGCCUCGGCCUGCUUGGGGGUGUGUGUGUGUUUUGACUUGUGUUCCCACAGGUGUUCUGACACACCCACCAUGCAGUCAUCUCCACUGCCCGCUCCCACCUGCAGCCACUAAUCACCCUCACCCACAGCCAAUCAACUGCAGGAUGCCGUGGCUUAAAAGGAGGUCGGGAGGGAGAGACGAGGAGGCAGAGCUGUUGGAGAGAGCCGAAGGACUGUUGCAACAAAAUAACUUUUUGGCAGGAACUAUUGUUUUGAGCUGGGUUCAAGUGACAGUUCUUGUGUUUUUGGUUACAUAUGUAUUUGGGUCAUGUGAACUGGUGAAGGUCAAGUUAUUGUUGUUAUUCUGUCUGUGGUUAUCACGUUGUUUGUACUUUUUAUUUUUUGCUUCUUCCGUUGUCCCAGGGAAAAGGGGACCGCACAAUGGGAGUGUGUAGGUAAGAGACCCUGGGGUUUACAUACUGCCCGUAGAUAAACCUCUGUCUAUAUACACUAGGUAAGACCUGGGCGGACCACCCCCUGUAUUUAUCAGAGAGUUUAGCAGGUGGUGUUUAGACUAGAUAGGUUAGGGGUCCUUUUCAUUGGUUAAUUUCUUUGCUUUGGUUCCGCUCAGCCCCUUUUCCCCCACUACCGUAUUAUAGGUGAAAUAAACCUGGUUUAAACGGUA